GAAGAGGGUGGGUGGUACUGGGCUCAUGUGCCCUUUAAGAAGGGACUGCUCUGUGCCCGGGAGGAUACUGUACUUAAGCUGGCAAGGGGGGUGAUUAAGUUAUCCAGGUCUUGUUCUGCAUGUGAUUUGCCAUCACUUAGACCUCAGACAACUUGGAGAGGAUGCAGGCAGGCUCUGUGCUGGCUGUGACAUGGCUCCUGUACCUGGUUGCGGCUGGUGCCCCAGGGCAAUACGAGAAGCCUGCUUUUGCUCCCAUCUUCACCCAGCGGCCCUUCAUGGUGGGCUGGAAUGUGCCAACGCAGGACUGCCAGCCUCGCUUCAAGGUCCAGCUAGACUUCAGCAUCUUCGACGUGCAGGCCUCGCCCAACGAGGGCUUCGUGGACCAGAAAUUGACCAUUUUCUAUAAAGAGCGCCUGGGCCUUUAUCCAUACUAUGAUGGGCAGAAGGUGGCGGUCAACGGGGGGGUGCCCCAAAAUGGCAGCCUACAGCAGCAUCUGAAGCGCUUACCGGAAGGCAUCCAGAAAUACAUCCGCUCUCCAACGAAGGAGGGCCUGGCUGUCAUCGACUGGGAAGAGUGGAGACCCAUCUGGAUCCGGAACUGGGGGCCAAAGGACAUCUACCGCAAUGCUUCUAGUCAGCUGGUGCUGGCUCGACGUCCUGGGUUGCCAGAAGACCAAGUGAAGAAGGUGGCUCAGUAUGAAUUUGAGACGUCGGCUGCUGAAUUUAUGAGGGAGACCCUAUGGCACGCCAAGAACUUUCGUCCCCGGCAAUUGUGGGGCUACUACCUCUUCCCAGACUGCUAUAACCAUGACUACAGCAAGAACCAGGACAGCUACACAGGCCAAUGCCCUGAUGUAGAGAAGACACGCAAUGACUAUCUGUCCUGGCUCUGGAAGGAGAGCACGGCCCUUUACCCUUCCAUCUACUUGGAGCAGAUGUUGGCCAACACCGCAAACGGGCGCAAGUUUGUGAGGUCUCGGGUAAAAGAGGCCCUUCGUAUCUCUCAGCAGCAUCAUGAUGACUACGCCCUCCCUGUCUUUGUCUACAGCAGGCCCACCUAUAUCCGCAGACAGGAUGUCUUAAGCCAGAUGGACUUGAUCUCCACCAUUGGGGAGAGUGCUGCCCUGGGGGCAGCUGGAGUUAUCUUCUGGGGAGAUGCAGAAAACACUGGAAGUCGGGACACCUGCCAGAUGAUUAAAAACUACAUCGAGGAGGACCUCGGCCAUUACAUCAUCAAUGUGACGACAGCAGCCGAACUCUGCAGCCGGGCUCUGUGCCAUGGCCAUGGGCGUUGCCGGCGCCAAAACAGUGAUGCAAACGUCUUCAUGCAUCUCAACCCAGCCAACUUCCAGAUCUACCGCAAUGAAUCCCGGCAGGCCAAGGCCCUGCUUGCGGCCCGGGGGAAGCUCUCUCAGGAUGACACGGACUUCCUACAGAACCACUUCCUGUGCCAUUGCUACCAGGGCUGGCGCGGCGAAGGAUGCGAGGAGCAGCUGAACCCCCCUGGCGGCGGCCCCUACCUUUCCUGUGACCUGGGUCUCCAGUUGUUGAUCACGCUUCUUCUGGCCUGUUUGCACUAGGCUGCCUCUAACUGGCAUCUGUGUGGCUGACAGCACAUUCCUGGUGCAUAGAGUGGGCGAUGGGGUGCAAUAGGCAGGGAGGGUAGCCAGAAAGGGAGAAAUAGGAGCCACCAGCCUCUUGGUGUUUUGUUUUAUACCUUUAUUUAGCAAUGAUGUAGCAGACCUACUAUUUAAGAGACUGUCCUACCUCUCUCCCAUGUGUGCCACUGGCCCUUCAAGAGGCAGAGGGCCCUUCUCCCCACCAACAGUAUUUCUGUUCAUGGACAGAUGGACUACUGGAAAAAGAGGGCCACUUUUGGGCUUGGUAAAGGUCAGGGGCUGCCAUCAGGCAAGGCCUCGUCUGCCUUUCCCCCCACUGCCCUUGGUCAUGGACUGACAAGAAGUGCCUCCAACCCAGGAGCUGAUAAGGUGCCUUGGAUCAGCUACCCCCAAAGGGGAGCAGGACUGGAGGAUGGGAUGAAUUACUCAAACGACAUGGAACUGGGGGAAGGGACUUGAUGGCUGCAUCCAGCAGGUUCUUGGUGGUGGUGGUGGUGGUGGGAGCUCUGGACCUUGGCUGCCAGGGCUGGGGAGGAAGUGCUUGGCUCUUCUGUUGUAAGGAGGGAUGGAGGCACCGUUAUACAACUGGAGUCCCGGGGUGUACGUCUAGGGAGGAGCGUGGUGGGUCUGACGGAGCUGCUGUAGGGAAGAAACAAUUGCUGCUGAUACACAUCUCUUUAGGAUAGGUGGUAGAGAAGGAGAACAGCGCUGCUCAGCCUGUGUGGAUUAUCCUGGAGAGGAGCAAGUGCUGACAGUGAGCUUGGGGGCAAAGGAUUUUUUUAAUUGCCUGGAUAAGGGCAUUAAUGGUGGGAGGGUGGAGGAGAAAAUGGGAAUGCCAUGCUCUGUCCAUAUGUGGCCAGUGCUAAGUUGGAGCCCUGCCUCUGUUACAGGAAAACCAAAAAGUUUUACCUCAAAAUUAAAAGACACACAGCGAAAAAUGAUGGGCGUCAUGCACUGUGUGUUGGGAGUUUGUUCACUGGGCAAAGGGUGCUUCUUCCUACGAUGCUUUGCCAAUGAGGAGACUCUGCUAGGAGCAGGAUUUGCCUUCAGAACUCCGUAGCAUUUUGGCCUGCUCCCUGUCACAGCCCCGACAUGUGUGGUUCGUC